GGGCGCUGAGGACAGAUGAUGGCGUGGAGGAGUCGAGCGGGCAGCUGGGCAGCAUGGAGCGGGGCAACAGGGGCGAUUCUCCCCCACCCCGGGGCACACAGAGGGUUUCUCCUCCACCAUCAGCAGAGAUGCGGCUUCCGCAAGGUCGCCAAGAAGGCGGAGCCAAAGAAGGAGGCGGAGCAGGGUGAGCUGAUGCAGAAGAGGUCCGUGGCUCCUCCAUUAGAACCGCCCACCCCGCAGCUGCCCGAAAGGUCAUUCAGGAGACUGGUCAAGCCGCUGGUGUUCACUGUGGGGUUUACAGGCUGUUCGUUCGGCGCGGCGGCGAUUUGGCAGUAUGAAAGCCUGAAGUCUCGCGUUCAGAGCUACUUUGACGAGGUCCGAGCUGAUUGGCUGGAUAAACUGCGACCACAGAAGCAAGGAGACUUCCGCAAACAGGUGAAUCAGUGGUGGAACAGUCUGAGUGAAGGCCAGAGAACUGUUACAGGUAUCAUAGCGUCGAACGCGCUGGUGUUCUGCUGCUGGAGGAUCCCCUCUCUGCAGCGCACCAUGCUGAGAUACUUCACCUCUAACCCCGCCUCCAAGACGCUGUGCUGGCCGAUGCUGCUGUCCACCUUCAGUCACUACUCUCUGUUCCACAUGGCCGCCAACAUGUACGUCCUGUGGAGCUUCUCCUCCAGCAUCGUCAACAUGAUGGGCAGAGAGCAGUUCCUGGCCAUGUACCUGUCCGCAGGGGUCAUCUCCACGUUCGUCAGUUACGUAUGUAAAACGGCUACAGGCCGGUUAGGACCAUCACUGGGCGCGUCCGGGGCUAUAAUGACCGUCCUGGCGGCCGUCUGCACGAAGAUGCCUGAAGCUAAACUGGCCGUCAUCUUCCUCCCCAUGUACACCUUCACCGCUGGAAACGCGCUGAAGACCAUCGUUGCCCUGGAUACGGCUGGCCUGAUUAUGGGAUGGCGCUUCUUCGACCAUGCUGCUCAUUUAGGAGGAGCGCUGUUCGGCAUAUGGUACAUCCUGUACGGUCACGAGCUGAUCUGGAAGAACAGAGAACCGCUGGUGAAGAUAUGGCACAACUUCAGGACCCGCGGCCCCGGAUCCAGCUCCGGCUCCGGGGGCAACGGCUCCAUCUAGAGGAGUGUGAGAAAGUGACAGGACAAGCAGCCACAGCAAGAGAGGAGAGGAGAGCAAACGGACCACACGCUCUUUCACACACAUACACACACACACACGUUGUACAGUGAUAGGUCCACUCAGGUAAAUCUUGAAUUGAUUGACCCAGACUCCGCCCACUAGUGUGCUCCUGAUAUAAGGUUGGACAAGCUUUACGGAAAGAUCCCGUUCAUUUAGGCUGGGGUUUGUAUUUGAGACAUCAUGUUGAGCACUGUGGUCUUUCAGCUACUCAAAAUCUUCUGUGUCCAGAUGUCAUUUUAUAACGAGAUGGGGGCGACCUUGAGAGGUUUGAGGCUGAAUGUAGACUUAUCAGGGUGGGAACAAGCUGAGUGUGAAAUUGCUAAACCAGUCCAACAGCUCAUGAAGGCCGAGCUCACAGCAGGGGGCGCUGUUGCGCUUGUCAGCACUUUCCAACUACCGUUAGCUCAUGGAUGUAGUGUAUGUAGCUGAAAGGUACCCAAAAAGUCCAGUUAAGCAUGCAGAUGUGAGCCACACGUGCAGAGAUCGCAGUAAAAAUAAGCUUCUUACAAGCGAAAACAGCUCCGAUAGCUAACGAUAGAGGGCUAUAAGAAUAUGGGGGCGGGUUUAUUGAGGGGGUGUGGUUAUAGAGGGGGCGGACCCUUAUUAGCGGCACAAUCCAGCACCAGAAGUUUAACAAGCUGUCCCCAGACGUGUAUUCUCGUUACAAGGUCACAUCUGUCCCCACGAGACUGAACAAAACUAUGCACAUUUGAAUCAAUGACAGAUUAGCCAUCGUGCUAAUGUUAGCUCAGCUACUGGAUAAAAAAUUCGGUUGAACGGGAUUUUUAUCAGUGUUCUGUAAAGUGUGUCCGAUCAUACAACAGUAGCUACCAGGGACGCGAGGGGGCUCUGCAGCACCCCCAGAUUUCGGGAUUGUCUAACUGCUAAAAAUAACAGCAGACAAAUAAAAAAGAGCAGAAUUUUUGAACGUUUUGAGCACCCGUUUGUAAAAUGGAGCAUGUAUUUUUGUUUUGUUUAUAGAUGUUCAAAAUCUGCAGUAGCCGUGCGCGAUUAAGUUAACGCUGCAUUCUGGCUGGAGUUGUGAGCCCUGAAGCCGCUUAACGCUGUUUAGAAAAACGUAAAAUCUUCAACGUAUUCGUCUUCCACUCAUAUCCAUAUACUUCGACCAUUAUAAUAAACUACCGCUAGAUAUGCGCAUGUAGCUUGAAUAUAGGGGCAACAAAAGCGGUUUCCCACCUCAUAUCACCAAUCUGAUUGGUUGAUGCUCAGGUCAUUUGCAUAAAGUUUGUCCAGUAAGAGAGAGCAGCUGUCGUCUCUCGCCGAACAAUCCAAAUGAAGGAAAUGAAGCACACGCUGUCUAGCUGGACGUCUUGUUGGUCACGUAAAUGCUGCUACAAAUUUUAACACCCCCUCAAAACGGCGUCCCGCGUCCCUGCUAGCUAUGAAAGAACACAUUUGUGGGCGGGGCCUGGAGGGGGAACUCGAACCUCCUUUAAUUCGGAGCGGGCUCUUUCCGAGAGUCUGUUAAAGAGGCUCUCGGAUGGUGUAUUUUGGGAUUUGGUGGUAAAUUUUCUCCUGAGCCGCCGUGCGAAGUAGCACCUCCCCUCAGAACAGGAGACUGAGAUCGUUUUUAGAGCAAACCCAAAACUCUAACCAGUCACAAUGAGGUCCAGCAGGAUCGUCGGCGCUAGACCUGCAGGCCAGACCGCACUGAACCUGUACAGCGAAGUAAAUGUUGUAGAGUCUGCAGAUUUGUUUUGUUUUCUUUGGAAAUUAAUAAAAUGUUUAUUUAA